GAAAAACUGUCAUUCAGGCAGAAAUCGACGCCGCUUGUGAGCUGACGGAUUUUCUCCGCUUUAACGCCUACUAUGCGCAAGAGGUCUACAAGUACCAGCCAAUAAGUCCGAGCAAUGAGGUGAGCAACACGUACCGACUUCGAAGUCUCGAAGGUUUUGUCGCCGCCAUUUCGCCCUUCAACUUCUCCGCCAUUGCGGGCAAUCUCUCCUCGGCACCGGCGUUGAUGGGAAAUGCCGUGGUGUGGAAGCCAAGCAGCACUGCCCUUCUCUCCAACUGGAUCAUCUACAAAAUUUUUGAGGAGGCCGGCUUUGCACCUGGCGUCAUCAGCUUCCUGCCCUCUAAGCCACUUGAUUUCAGCGACCACGUCAUCAGUUCGCCCGAUUUGGCGGCGGUCAACUUUACCGGCAGCGUGGCCACCUUUCAGACCAUCUGGAGGAACGUGGCGGAUAACCUCACCAAAAACAAGACGUUUCCUCGAAUGAUCGGCGAAUGUGGCGGCAAGGACUUUCACCUGAUUCACCCUUCGGCGGACCUGCAGACGGCAAUCACGCAAACGGCUCGGGCGGCUUUUGAGUACAGCGGUCAAAAGUGCUCUGCCUGCAGUCGCCUCUACGUACCAAAGUCGAUUUGGCCAAAGAUUGAAGUCGGUCUACUGGACAUCACCUCAAAGCUAAAGCUGGGCUCUCCUCUCGAGUUUGACACCUUUCUCUCGGCGGUCAUUGACGGCGCCUCCUUCAAGCGCAUCAAAGGCUGCAUUGACUAUGCCGAAAAUGAUGACAACCAUAAGAUUUUGAUCGGCGGCCAGGCCACCUUUGAGAAGGGCUUCUUCGUCGAGCCGACAAUCAUCGUCACAACUGAUCCUCACAGCAAGCUGAUAACCAAUGAAAUCUUUGGCCCAGUGCUGACCGUUUUCGUCUACGAUGACAAUAAGAUUGACCAGACGAUGGAGCUGAUUGACAGCUCGACGCCUUACGGACUGACUGGUGCAAUCUUUGCGAAUGACAAGAAAUUCCUCCAGAAGUCCAUUGAUCGUCUGAAGUACUCUGCCGGCAAUCUGUAUAUCAACGACAAAUGUACCGGAGCCGUUGUUGGCCAACAACCGUUUGGUGGUGCUCGAGUGUCCGGUACCAACGACAAGGCCGGCGCGCCGCAUUACCUCCUUCGAUGGGUCUCGCCGCAGAACAUCAAACAAACGAACGUACCGCUGCACGACUGGUCCUACCCUUACAUGUCUUCCGCCAAAUAA